UCACCAACAUGGCUGCCGCAGACCAAGAACCCCACGUCAGCGCAGUUCGUCCUCGUUCCUACCAAGACGAGAGCUAUCUGCAGGGGUUUCUCGGAACUGUGGGUGACUUACAGAAGACUGGGGUACUGCAAGAUGUCGUCCUUGAAGUCGAAGGCCGGCGGUUUUCCUGCCAUCGGCUUGUUCUGUCCGCGGCCAGCCCCUACUUCAGGGCCAUGUUUACAAGUGACAUGGCGGAAAGCCGGCAGAAGACGGUUGUUUUACAGGGUUUGGAUGCAGGCAUGCUUGAGGAGAUCCUCAGUUAUAUUUACUCGGGAACCCUCCAUGUGUCCGUGGACAAAGUGCAGCCCCUGUACCAGGCAGCCGACCUCCUCCAACUGGACUAUGUGAGAGACACCUGCAGCAGCUACAUUACCAUGAACGUGGAGCGCUCCAACUAUCUGGACCUGUACAAGUUUGCUGAUGUCUUCUCUAUAGACAUAGUCCUGAAGCAUUGUUUGCUGUGGAUUGCCAGAUUCUUUACUGAGUUUUUCUGUAGUGAGGAGUUCUGUAGCCUGAGUGUGAACAAUUUGAUUGAGAUCAUCAGCCACGAUGAGCUGGAUGUUAAAGAGGAGACAACAGUGUGGGAGGCAGUGGUGAGAUGGGUGCAGCACAGCAGGCAGGAUAGGGGGGUACUGCACCACCUACCCAGCAUCCUCCCUCACAUCCGCUUCAAACUGCUGACCUCAGAUGACAUGGCAGCCAUCUUGGGACACCCCCUGGUCAGGGAUGACCAUGAGAUCUCUGAGGUCAUUAGGAAUGUGGUACUUGGGAUGACUACAGAAAUGGUUCUGCUGGACAAUGAUUCCUCCAAAGAGCUCUUCUUCAUGAACCCACGGAAAGGGCAGUACAUCCGCUGCAGUUACAAACCUGAAGACUUCCCUUCCGCCACAAGAGUACUAGUGACAGUCACCAGUGAUAACAACAUCUACAUGCUAACUCAUGACCGAGAGAGUAUUGAACAGUUGCCCAUCUAUAAGUACAACCAUGCGGGGAACGUGUGGGAACAUGCUGGUAUGUCAUCACUAUGUAGAUGGCAAAGACUGAAAUAUGACUUUCGCUGUUGUAAUGAGUACCUCGUUGAAGUUGAUCAUAUUCUAUACUAUCUUGGUGUCGAUGUAAUUAAAGAAAUUGGAUUGGUGUGGAUGUGGCAGUACAACCGGCAGACAAACCAGUGGAAGGAGUGUUCACAGCUGCAACAUGAGAAUACUACAAUGUCAUACGAGAACUGUGCAGCAUUGUCCUGUGGUUCGCGCCUGUAUUUCCUCACCAGCGCCGAGGUACAUUUCUAUGACACAAGCCAGGACCGUUGGUGCAUGCGGACCCCACCAAUGACUGUUGAAGACGUCAGCACAGCAGUAGCCAUGGGAACAGAGAUUUUCUGCACAGAUCGUUACUUCACCCAGACUAUGGUGUACGAUACAGAGUCAGACUGCUGGCAGAAACUGCAAGGUUGGCCGAAUCCAGAAAACCGUGAAAUUUAUGUCAAUCCCCGUCUUUUUGUAAUGGAGAACCAGCUGCACGUAUGGUUCACCUGUUGUGAUAAAGAUGGUGAAAAUGAACACCUGGUAUAUGUGUAUGACAGGUCUGCUGACACCUGGACAGAUCUGAAGGUUACCCUGCCUCUCACCUACCUUAGUGAGACUUAUAUAGCACGUGGUUCUCAUUGCCCUGUGGCACGCAUGUACCUACCUUAUCUCAAGGGGGUAUAAAACAUAUCACUUCUAAGACUCUUCAGCAUUAAUGUUCAGGAUAAGGACCCACUGAGCAAGGCUGAUUUAAGACGUUUUUUGUGGAUCUCAAGUUUUGUCGAAUGCGCUUACAAUGAGAUAACUGUCGUACUGGAUUUUCUACUUUAAUUUUCUACUUUGGCUAAAUUUCACAGAUCAGAGAUGCUUUUUUUAGAGCGUUUUUUUUUAUAACGGAUUGCAGUGAUGUCCGUGUAUUAAGGUCUAACAGCAGUAGUUACCAGACAUCAAUAACCAGGUACCAUCCUGGUUUACAGGGUCUCUUAUAUUACCCACUCACAAUCUAGUUAGUGAAUGGGUAGAAUGGCAGCCUUGCUAGAGUAACUAAAACACCCUAGCUAAGAUGCCAUUUACCCUUUAUGAAGCUUUUACAAUUAUUGUUCACGUAACGGAACGGUUUGGGGUCUACUUUUAUAUCUGAUACGUUGUUUGCGAGGUGUGAUUACCAUUAUAUGUGUUGAUGACUUUACAGUUAUUCUAUUGUUAAUUUUUAUGGAAGAAGUCGAUAGCGAAGUCAUGCUCAUUCAGAUAUCAUUUUUAUAUGGGAGCACAAAAUCACACCACUUACGUUUGUUAGUGUUAAACGUUAUUGUGGAGGACAUGGACGACAGUGAAUAAAAAAGUAUAACCCUAACAUUUGGCUAGAUCUUGGCUUUUGCCAAAGCCGCUACAAGGGGUGAGACCUUGUAGUACAGUUUGUACUUUGAAGUAGCAGUUUGAUAUGAUAUAUACAUAUCUCUUGCUUUUUUUCAUAUUUAUUAGGGGCGUUUUAGGACUAACUUAGUGUCCAUUGUCUUAAACUAUAACAGCAGUAAUUACCGGACAAUGACAGACAGUAUAGUAUCAUAUUUUAUUAAAACGUUUAGUUAUAGUAACAUAACAUCUAUUGUAUUUUUAGAUUCUGUGUAUUUUCCCUGUUGAGUGAUGAAAUUGUAUUUUUGUAUCACUUAAUAUGUAGGCCCGACUAAGGUGCAUUUGUAGCAUCCCUCCACUGGUGUGCCUUCUCAAGAAGGGACACCAAAGAUCCCUGGACGGUGGCAAUUUGCGCCAUGCGCAAUCUUUAUGUUAUUUGUUGCUGUUUACUGUCUCUAAAGAAGUAAAAUAUCGUUAUGCAUGUUUUCAAAAACAAUA